AUGGCCGCCCCCGGCGGCGAUGCUGGCGGCGCCGCCACUGGGGAGCUCGGCGUGGACUCGGUGGUGGACGGGCUGCCCCUGAUCGAGGCCGCGAGGAAGGCCAAGGACGAGGGUAAUGCCUGCGUGAAGCGCAAGCAGUACAACGAGGCGGUCAAGAUGUACGAGAGCGGGAUCGCGACGCUGGACCUGGCGGACGGCAAGCCGAUGUUGCGGCAGGAGGUGGAGGAGAUGGUCGCGCUCAAGGCUACGCUGUACUCCAACACGGCGCAGUGCCUGCUCAGCCUGGAGCUCUUCCGAAGAGCCUCGGAGGCGGCCACCUCGUGCCUCGCCCUGGACGAGGGCAACGCCAAGGCGCUGCACCGCAGAAGCCUCGCGAAGGAGGCCCUGCGAGACUUGAAGGGCGCCCUGGAGGACGCCGUGGCGCUGCAGGGUCUCGGUGGCGGCCCCGAGGACCUGGAGGGCAGAGUGGCCGCCCUGAGGGCCAAGGUGGAGGCCGAGGCCAAGGCGGCCGCCGACGAGGCCGCGGCCGAGUCCUCGGAAGACGAGUGCGACACCGCGCUGGUGCGGGCGAAACAGAGGUUCGACGAGGUCGUGCAGAAGUACGACCUGCAGGACGGCGACGCGGCGACGCAGAUCGCCGACUGGCUGGUCUCCGGCGAGUGGGAGGUGACACCAGAUCGCGUGGCCAAGCGCUGGCAGAUGGAGCCCGAGGAUGCCGAGGACUUGGUCAGGUGGAUCGCGAAAGGCUUGGAGUUCAAGGCCCAGAACAGCUCGAACCAGGCCCAGGCCGCGGCGCAGAGCCCGUCGCUCGGCAUCGCCUGA